CCAUAAUGCACCGGAAGCGCAUUAUUAAAGUCGGCGGAAGUUGUUGUGGAGAUCUCAUGUUUUGCGCGCUACCUGCGCUUCUGGAACUAUUCCGCACGAAGCCAUUGCCAGCCUGAGCGAUUCUGUGAAUUAACGUUCUUUUAAAGCUUUUGGAGUCUUCAAGCUAGUCCUGAAAUCACUACUUAGUUGUUUUGCUUCAUAAGCUGUCAAUAUGGAGCAGAACAACAGCAUACCUCCUUUUCCUCCAGGGCUAGCAUCUCCGCAGGGAUCCAUGACGCCUGUCCUUUUCAGUCCCAUGAUGCCGUAUGGCUCAGGUCUUACACCACAGCCAGUGCAGAACACCAACAGCUUGUCCCUUCUGGAGGAGCAGCAGCGACAGCAACAGCAGCAGCAACAACAACAAGCAGCGGCCUCACAACAGCAGAGUGGGAUGGUGGGAGGUUCUGGCCAGACACCCCAGCUCUACCACUCACAAGUCUCCACCACAACAGCACUCCCAGGCAACACGCCACUUUAUACCACACCACUCACCCCUAUGACCCCCAUCACCCCUGCCACACCGGCCUCAGAGAGCUCUGGCAUCGUCCCCCAGUUACAGAAUAUUGUGUCUACUGUGAACUUGGGGUGCAAACUUGACUUGAAGACGAUAGCACUCCGAGCCAGAAAUGCUGAAUAUAAUCCAAAGCGUUUUGCUGCCGUCAUCAUGAGAAUACGAGAACCCAGAACAACAGCACUCAUCUUCAGUUCAGGGAAGAUGGUGUGCACAGGAGCCAAAAGUGAGGAACAGUCUCGAUUGGCAGCCAGAAAGUAUGCCAGAGUGGUGCAGAAGUUGGGUUUUCCUGCCAAAUUCUUAGACUUCAAAAUUCAGAACAUGGUUGGCAGCUGCGACGUCAAGUUUCCCAUCCGAUUAGAGGGCCUGGUGCUUACACACCAGCAGUUUAGCAGCUAUGAACCUGAGCUAUUUCCGGGAUUAAUCUACAGAAUGAUCAAACCCAGAAUCGUCCUUUUAAUAUUCGUUUCAGGAAAAGUUGUACUUACAGGUGCAAAGGUUAGAGGAGAAAUAUAUGAAGCAUUUGAGAAUAUAUACCCUAUCCUGAAAGGAUUCAGGAAGACUACGUAAUCUUGUUCUGUUAUCACUGGUAAAUUACUUCCUGAGCCCACCAGUAUGUCUGGGGUGACCUACGCAGUUUUAUUUUCUUUUCUAAGCCUGUAAAUAUGGAGGACACAUUUUCUUCACUCAGAAAGUCAACAGAUUUGAGGGAUAAAAUGCCUUUUGGAGUGGAAAUUUUUCCUUUUUAAAUGUUUAUCACCUGCUAUUUGGUUUUCAAAAUACUGUUUUAACUAUGUCCGAACAUUUUAAUGUUUUGAAUUCUUUUAUGGUUUUAUGAUGUUAAAAUGUUAAUUUCAUACUUUUACACAUUCCCUUUAUUAGCAGGUUUUAUGUACUGCAUUUCUGAUUGUCUGUCAGUGAGAGGAAUCAGUCUGUAGCAAGCAAUGUCCAUGUUGAUCAGUGCAAGGGGAACUUUUGUUUUAAGAAGUGCAUUUAGGUUAUUUUCCAACAACGCUUUGGAAACAAGUUUGCGAAUCAUCAUCGUUGUUGAAGUCAUCAUGUGGAUUUGGCCUUUUAAGUUACGGUUUUCAAUGAGAUUGGUUGACAGAUCUAACGGAUUUAAUUGCCAUUUCAUUGUAUGAAGACUAGGUCUCCCAAUAGCCCCAUGUAAAGCACUGACAUCUUAAUUUAAUACUUUCAUCUAUGUAACUAAUUUACUUUGCUACAUUGAAUGCAAAUAAAUGUUUGCCAACUUCAGUCUA